UAAAUAGAUUAUUUUUAUAUAUAUUAGUUCAGUAGUGUAGUACAUUUUCAGUAAUAAGGAAAUUAAAAAUAUAUUAAAUUGAUAUUACAUGGAUGAUAAAAUAUUAAAAAAAUAUAUUAUUAUGUCGAUAAAUAGGUCUUCGAUUAAAACUAUUAAUAUAUUGGCUGUUUUAAUGGAUAAAGAUUUUGAAGUGUCAAAAAUUUUAAAAUAAUAUUGAAAAAAUGGUAAGCAAAUUACCACAAGAAUUUAGAAGGUAUUUACGUAAUCGAAAUCAAUUACAACAUGUUCUUGAAGAAACUCAACAAGCAUUGGAACUUAUUAACCUAGAAAACUUCUUUCCUGAAGAAAAUGUUGUGGAAGAAUUAUUACCCCCUUUAACAUUGAACAGAAUCACACAUAUUUUAGCAAAUUCUCCAGCUAUUAUAAUUCUUGGACAAGAUAGCAAGGCAAAGGCAAUAGUAGUUAAUACAUUAAUAUCUAAUGAUAUUUUACCAGUAUGUAAUGGAUUAUGGCGAUGGAUUAGACUUACUUAUGGUCAAACAAAUCACAUUAGUCUCACAUUAGAUCUAGAAUAUGAAUUAGUUGAAAAUUUACAAGCAAAUGAAAAACCUUGGAGUACUCUUCCAAUUGAAGAUUUAACAAAAUCUGAUAAUGAAGAUAUAACUUAUCCAACUGUGCUUGAAGUUCAGCUUAAUCUGCCUAUAUUAAAAGAUGGUGUUCAAAUUUUUAUUGCCCCAAAUAAUGGGGCAGUAAAAGUUCUUGCAAAUGAAUUCUUAUCUAUUUUACCAAUAUUUUUAUAUGCCCUUGGUGAGCAACCUUUAACAGAACAAAAUUUGGAAGAAUUAAGAGAUUUAAAAGAAACAUAUCCCUUUAAUCCUGUACUUUUUAUCUCAUCCUUGGAAAAUAUAUCAUUGAAUGGUAUUGAUCCUGAAUUGACAGAAUCUGAACAACAUAGACUUCAAAAUCGACUAUAUACUAAUGAUUCUACAUCAAAUAAAACUGAUGAUGAUAGUAUUGAUUUUGACAGAAUGAAUUCACUUGGAUUAUCAUGGUUAGAUCAACUAACAAAUUUAGGUUUUCUUGGAAUGAAAGAAUCUGUUGAAGUUGAUCAAUUAUCUUGGCUAGGUAGUGGACAAUAUAUAAGUGACUUUGUGGGUUCAUGUAGAAAAACAGAUCAAAUUUUAUAUUUUAUUCGUGGAUGUUUGCAAACUUAUCUUAUUAAUGCUAGCACUUAUUUAAAUGAAGUACAUACAGCAAGCUUAAGAAAAUUUAUUUUAAGUGCUUUUGAUAUGGCACGUAUAAUUCAAAUAACUCCUAAAAGAAUACAAUAUGCUCAAUAUAAAGAAAAUGAAUUGUAUGCCAAUCUAAUGAAAAUUGUUCAUGAAAAACAACAGGAAAUAACUGGAUUAAUACAAAAUAUUAUUCAAGAAAUGAAAAAUGAUGUUUUAUUAUCUAAUAAUGAUGUUUAUUUAUAUCAAAAUACCAUGUCUAAUAAUAAUCAAAGGACAGAAUGGUCUGCAACUGUUAAAGCUGCAAUUUCUGAAGUUCAGAGAGUAGUGCUUGGUCGUCUAUGCGAAAAAGUCGCAAAACAACUUGUAAAUUCCGUCAAUUGUUUGCGUGAGAGCUUUAUUGGUACAUUACAACGUUGUUUAUUAAGUCUCGAAAAAACAUAUGAACGCGAUACUUGUUUAUUAGCAAGUGAUGCUUUGAAACAAAUACUCUCAGCUGCAUAUAAUGUUGAAUUACAUAAUUCUUCACCAUUUUCAAUAUAUUCAUUUUUAGAAAGAUUAAAUUUAAUUUUUAUGUCUUCAUCCUUGCAAUGGUCAUCAACUCACACUUUAGAUGUAGCUUGGAGAAGAAAAGUGACAAUAGAAAUACUAAAUUCUUUAUCUGCAACAAAACUAUCCAAAAUAAUAUUAAUGCAAUUUGGAGAUAAACUUGAAUCAUCACAUGAUUCAUUUCAAGCAGCUCUCAGAUCUAUAGAAAAUUAUUAUUCUGGAAAAUUAGAAAGAACAGAAGAACAAAGAAUAGCUCUUAGAAAAUAUCAUGCUCCUAGAUUAGCUAAAUUAGCAUUAGAAUCAACUUCAAUGAUAGAUGUUGUUCGUUAUGGAAAACCUCAUUGUGCUGAAGAAAUUGGCCGUGGUCAAUAUGGAAUUGUAUUUGCUUGUGAUGGUUGGGGUGGUAAAGCUGGUCCUUGUGCAAUUAAAUCAGUUGUUCCAUCAGAUGAAAGCCAUUGGAAUGAUCUGGCUAUGGAAUUUUAUUAUAAUAGAUCUAUCCCUGAUCAUAAAAGAAUAGUAAAACUUAGAGGAUCAAUUAUUGAUCAUUCUUAUGGUGGAGGAUUUGGAUUUGGAUCUGCUGUUCUUUUGAUAUCAGAUCGUUUAAGUCGUGAUCUAUAUUGCGGAAUACGUGCCGGCUUGUCGUGGUUAGAACGUAUACAAAUAGCAUUAGAUGUGUUAGAAGGAAUACGUUAUCUUCAUUCUCAAGGACUUGUACAUCGAGAUGUUAAGUUGAAAAACGUUCUUCUUGAUAUUGAAAAUAGAGCGAAAUUAACUGAUUUUGGAUUUUGCAUCACAGAAGUUAUGAUGUUAGGAAGCAUUGUGGGAACCCCUGUUCAUAUGGCACCAGAAUUACUUUCUGGUCAUUAUGAUAGUAGUGUUGAUGUAUAUGCAUUUGGGAUUUUAUUUUGGUAUUUAUGCGCAGGACAUGUAAGAUUACCAUACACUUUUGAGCAAUUCCAUAAUAAAGAACUAUUAUGGACCAGUGUGAAAAAAGGUAUACGUCCAGAAAGAUUACCUUCUUUUGAUGAUGAAUGUUGGAGAUUAAUGGAACAAUGUUGGUCUGGAGAACCAUCUAAACGUCCUUUACUUGGAGCUAUUGUACCAGUAUUAGAAUCUAUUCAACAAAAAGCAAAAAGAAGCAAACCCUUACAAGAGAUCUCCUCAGAUAAAUUACAAGAAAGUUCAACAACAGAUUCAAGAAAUCCUGCAUUAGCACUAGCAGAACCUUAUAAUCAAAGAGAUGACAAAUUCUUCAAAACAAAAUCUACAUAAACCUUUAAAUGGAAUUUCAAAAUGUGAUAAUGUUUAAAUACUUUUAUGAUUUGACAAGAAAUAUUAUUUUUAUCAUUUGGAUUAUAGUAUGCAUAGAUUCUCAAUUAGCAACAGCUAUUAAAUCAAACAAUUAUAUAUUUUAAAAUUAGUGGAAGCAUUUCUCUAAGGUAUGGUAUUUAAUGAAUUAAAUUUAUUUAUAUUAUAAUAUUUUUAUUUACAUUUAAGUAAUAACAUAAUGAAAUAUACUUUUCUUAUAUUUUUAUAUUUAAAAUUUUUUAAUUUUUGUAUAAAGUCAUAAUGGAUUUGUAAAUAUAUGUUAUUAAUUAUUAAUCAUUUCUUAAUAUAAUAAUGCUCUUAUCUGAUUAAAGUUUAUUUCUUAUGUAUUUUUCUUAAAUGAUAUAAAAAAAUAUUGUUAAUAAUAUAAUUAAAAAUAAUACAUUAUUAAAAUAUUAAAAUGAUUCAAUUCACAACUAAAUUAUUGUAAAUACUAUCUAAAGUAAUAAAUCAAGAUUACACUUUGCUUUUUCUAAAUCAUGUACAAAUUUAUAAAAUUCACUUAUUGUCAUUUCUAUAAAAACAUUCUUAGCUUUGCCAUUUUCUUCUAAACUUAAUUUUAGAUGAAGAAAUGAUUUUCCCAUGUUGUCAGAUUCAUUGCUUGCUGCAGUUACUGUAAAAAUUUAGUUAUUCAAUGCUACAUUAUUUUAUAUAGAUAUAUUUAUAACUAUACAUUAAAGAAAAAUAUUUUUUUUAUCAUCAAAGAGAAAUAUUAUGUUAAGAAAUUAUUAUAUUCUUAUUUGCUUAAAUUUUAAUUACAAAAACAAAAUAUUUAAUUUUUAUUUAAUAAAAAACAAACUUAUUAUUAUUAUUUAUUAACUUAAAAAUAUUUAAUGCAUAAGAAUCUUUGAAAUAAUUUCUUUUGAGGUUAGAUUCAUACCACCAAAUCUCCAUGAAAUGUCAAGAAUUUUUACAAUAUCUUUAACCAUUUUAAACAUAAACUUAAUUUUUUAUUGGUUAAUUAUUAUUUUAUUUAUUGUUUAUUUAUUAAUAAAUAUCAAAUAUAUUACAAAUAAGAUAUAGAAUAGACUUAUUAAAUUAUCACGAAAUCUCACGUCCAAAAAAACGAAAUGUAUCAUUUAUUAU